CCCUUGGAAGCAGACCUUCAGAUCCUAGGCCUUCUACCAUGCAAGGCAAGAAUCACUCUGCCUAUGGAAUGCUCUCCCACAGAAGCGUACACAAUGCCUACAUUGUGAGCACUGGCAUCACUGGCUUAGAGGGUCUGAACUUUGGGGUUGGAGCACCUGCUCAGGCUCAGAUCAUCCAUGCUGGGCAAGCAUGUGUUGUAAAGGAAGAUAACAUCAGUGAACGAGUGUACACCAUUCGAGAAGGUGACACCCUUGUUUUGCAGUGUUUGGUAACGGGGCACCCACGGCCACAGGUGAGGUGGACCAAAACUGCCGGCAGCGCAUCAGAUAAAUUCCAAGAGACAUCAGUGUUUAAUGAGACCCUUCGAAUUGAGAAGAUCCAGAGGCUUCAGGGGGGGCGCUAUUACUGUAAAGCAGAGAACGGGGUUGGAGUUCCUGCCAUCCGAUCCAUUCGAGUAGAUGUUCAGUAUUUGGAUGAGCCUGUUCUCACUGUCCACCAGACCAUAAGUGAUGUACGUGGCAGUUUCUACCAGGAGAAGACCGUCUUUUUGCGGUGCACAGUCAACUCCAAUCCACCUGCUCGCUUCAUCUGGAGACGGGGUUCUGAGACUCUUUCCCACAGCCAGGACAAUGGAGUUGAUAUCUAUGAGCCAUUGUACACACAGGGAGAAACCAAAGUCCUCAAGCUGAAAAAUCUCCGGCCUCAAGACUAUGCCAGUUACACAUGUCAGGUGUCUGUCAGAAAUGUGUGUGGCAUUCCUGAUAAGUCCAUCACCUUUGCGCUUACCAACACAACAGCACCACCAUCGCUAAAGUUGUCUGUGAAUGAGACCUUGGUAGUGAACCCAGGAGAUAACAUCACGAUACAGUGUUCAUUAACUGGUGGAGACCCUUUGCCCCGGGUAAUCUGGUCCCACUCACCAAGCCCGAUGCCCCGCAACAGCCUGAUUCAAGGGGGCAAUCUUACCAUCUGGAGUAUCCGAGUGGAAGAUUCAGGGUACUACAACUGCACUGCUAUCAACAAUGUGGGGAAUCCAGCCAAGAAGACAGUGAAUCUGUUGGUGCGAUCUAUGAGGAAUGCUACAUUCCAGAUAACUCCUGAUGUGAUCAAAGAGAGUGAAACUAUCCAACUUGGGCAAGACCUGAAGCUCUCUUGUCACGUAGAUGCUGUGCCACAAGAGAAGGUUUUCUACUUCUGGUACAAGAAUGGAAAGCUGGCUAAGCUCUCUGACCGGCUAGUUAUCAUCAGGAAUGAUCCUGAACUUCCACCAGUGACAAGCAGCCUGGAGAUAAUUGACCUCCGCUUCACUGACUAUGGCACAUACCUGUGUGUAGCUUCUUUUCAAGGGGCACCCAUUCCUGAUCUCAGUGUUGAAGUGAACAUUUCUUCAGAAACUGUUCCUCCAACCAUUAUGGUGCCCAAGGGCCAGUCCACCGUCACUGUCCGUGAAGGUUCCAGGGCAGAGCUGCAGUGUGAAGUCCGAGGGAAGCCCAAACCACCCAUCAUUUGGUCCAGAGUAGAUAAAGAGGUUCCUAUGCCUUCAGGUGCCAUGACAGUGGAGACCAGUGAUGGCAAGCUGCAUUUGGAGAGAGUGACUCGAGAAAUGAGUGGGACUUACAAAUGCCAGACAGCCAGGUACAAUGGCUUCAACAUCAGAUCUCGAGAAGCCCUGGUGCAACUCAAUGUACAGUUUCCUCCAGUAGUGGAGCCAGUUUUCCAGGAUAUCCGUCAAGCUGUGGGACGCAGUGUUACUCUUCGGUGUACCAUGCUAAAGGGAAGCCCAAUGAAAGUGGCCACUGCUGUCUGGCGAUUUAAUGGGACUCUGCUCACGGUACCUCCAGCAGAACAGCAGGACUACUCUGACUAUAAGGUGGACAGUGUGAGCCGGGAGACCAGUGGCAGCUAUGAAUGUAGCAUCUCCAAUGAUGUUGGUGUGGCAACUUGCCUCUUCCAGGUGUCUGGCAAAGCAUACAACCCAGAAUUUUAUUAUGAUACCCCUAAUCCAACUAGGAAGCAAUCCAAGAACUACUCUUAUGUCUUGCAGUGGACACAGAAGGAGCCUGAUGCUGUUGAUCCCAUUCUUAGUUACCGGCUAGAUGUUCGUCAGCUGAAUCAGCGGGAUUUGCCUCCCAAAUCCAUUUCUGUGCGGAAGAUGGAAAAGGGCAUGCUACAGGAACACCUCCUGACUGACCUGAAGGUGCCUCAGAGCUAUGAAGUUCGGUUGACACCCAUAACCCGCUUUGGAACUGGGGACAUGGCUACUCGCAUAAUCCACUAUUUAGAACCAAUCAGCUACCCUAACCCAGUAGGUAAUACCUGCCACUUUGAGGAUGAGAAGAUAUGUGGCUAUACACAAGACACGAUUGACAACUUUGACUGGAUUCGGCAGAGCAGCUUAACCCAUGAUCCCAAACGCUCAGCCAACACAGGCCCAACAAUGGACUUCAGUGGGACACCGGAGGGCUACUACAUGUUCAUUGAAGCCUCUGCACCCCGGGUGAAGGAUGACAAAGCUAGAUUAAUCAGCCCCAUGUACAACAUGACUGCCAGAUUCUGUGUCUCCUUCUAUUACCACAUGUAUGGGAAACACAUUGGCUCGUUAAAUCUCUUGGUUCACGUGAAGAAUAAACAGCCCACUCAAGCCUUGUCAAUCAAGGGGGACCAAGGAAAUUUGUGGCAACAAGCACAUGUUCCUAUCAACCCUGCAGGACCUUUCCAGAUCAUCUUUGAAGGUGUUCGUGGUACAGGGUCAGAAGGAGAUAUCGCCAUUGAUGAUGUCACUCUGAAAAAGGGUGACUGUCCAAGGAGGCCAACUGCCCCAAAUAAAGCGGUUGCCCUUCCAGGAAAUGGUGCAGUCACCCAACACAAAUCUUUCCUCUGUGGACCUCUACUUUUCUUCCUUUAUGUACUGCUCAGAUGAUAGCAAGCAACUGUUCCAGUCUUCAAUCUAAGACAUUCCUCCUCCUUUCCUACUUGGUCACCUCUGAUCCUCUUGCUCCCACUCCUCACUGGCACACCAAAGUGUCCGUAUGUUACCAAAGACUAACAAGCAUGACUACACUAAGGAGAUCCAAUUCAGAACCUGAAGGAUUCCUGAAGGAAGUCAUCACGUUUAAAAACCAAGCAAGUAUGAAUAAAAAUAAAGACACAAGAGAAAGAGGGAGGAAGCAAUGGAAAGAAGAGCUGUGAAUAACAGAACAAAAAGGCAAAAGCGGGGAUGACAAAGAUAUUUAAAAGGAUAGAUGAAAGGGGGGCAAGGCCAUGUUUCCCUAUGAACAGUGAACAGGACUUCCUCAGGGAAGUGGGAACUUUUGUUUUAAACAAAAACAAAAUAUAUUAAAGCACAAAUUUCUACCAGAA